AGUUUCUAUGUGAGACCAGAGGCAGGCAGGGAAGAGGCGUGACCAGGCUUCGAGAGGAAUAGUAGUGCCGUGCUGUACCUCUGUGUGACCCUUCAGCUGCUAUUGAAGAGAGCAAGACCCACUUUCAAGCUAGCAGCUGGAGUCUCUUGACACCUUACUCGUGCCCCCAGGAUUAAAGGGGAAACCGAGACCUGAAUGGGCUCGGUCAUCUCCAGCAGCUCGCGUGGCGACCGCAGCCGUAGCAGGUAAAAAGAUGGUUGCAUCAACUCACUGAAGCAAUAGCCUUACUAUCUUUGUUUUUUAAACUGCACCAACAAUGGAGCAAUGAUAUCUGAGAACAAAUGAACAUUUGCCAACUAACUGUCAUCACAAUUUCAAGUGAUUGUAUAAGCAGAAGCAAGCUGCGACAGACCUAUGCGUCAACCGGUAUAGAGAGAAUGCUUCUUUCUGGUGCUGUUUAUUUUGAAACAGUUUUUAUAUAGCACAUUUAAAUUCUGUCUAUAUCAAAUGAAAUAAAAAUGAGUGAAGCCCCCAGAUUCUUUGUUGGGCCUGAAGAUACAGAAAUAAACCCGGGAAAUUAUCGUCAUUUCUUCCACCACGCAGAUGAAGAUGAGGAGGAGGAGGAUGAGUCUCCCCCAGAAAGGCAGAUUGUGGUUGGAAUAUGUUCCAUGGCAAAGAAAUCCAAAUCCAAACCAAUGAAGGAAAUUCUUGAACGGAUCUCCUUAUUUAAAUAUAUCACAGUGGUAGUAUUUGAAGAGGAUGUUAUUUUGAAUGAACCAGUGGAAAACUGGCCUUUAUGUGAUUGUCUGAUUUCUUUCCAUUCUAAAGGAUUUCCACUGGACAAAGCAGUUGCCUAUGCAAAACUCAGGAAUCCAUUUGUAAUCAAUGACUUGAAUAUGCAGUAUCUCAUACAAGAUAGGAGAGAAGUGUAUAGCAUUCUUCAAGCUGAAGGAAUUUUGCUUCCUCGUUACGCAAUUUUGAACCGUGACCCAAAUAAUCCCAAAGAAUGCAGUCUGAUCGAAGGGGAAGAUCAUGUAGAAGUAAAUGGAGAAGUUUUCCAAAAGCCAUUUGUAGAAAAGCCAGUCAGUGCAGAAGAUCACAAUGUUUACAUUUAUUAUCCAACCUCUGCUGGUGGUGGAAGUCAAAGACUCUUUCGAAAGAUUGGCAGUAGAAGUAGUGUUUAUUCCCCUGAAAGCAGUGUACGAAAAACAGGUUCUUACAUAUACGAAGAGUUUAUGCCCACAGAUGGUACUGAUGUUAAGGUUUAUACAGUGGGUCCAGAUUAUGCCCAUGCUGAAGCUCGAAAAUCUCCUGCACUUGAUGGCAAGGUGGAACGAGACAGUGAAGGAAAAGAAGUAAGAUACCCUGUCAUUCUCAACGCACGAGAGAAAUUAAUUGCUUGGAAAGUCUGCCUUGCAUUUAAGCAAACAGUUUGUGGCUUUGAUUUGUUACGGGCCAAUGGACAGUCUUAUGUCUGUGAUGUCAAUGGCUUCAGUUUUGUGAAAAAUUCCAUGAAGUAUUAUGAUGAUUGUGCAAAAAUACUUGGCAAUAUUGUAAUGAGAGAGCUUGCUCCACAGUUUCAUAUCCCCUGGUCAAUACCCUUAGAAGCUGAAGAUAUCCCAAUUGUACCAACUACAUCUGGAACUAUGAUGGAACUCAGAUGUGUCAUAGCUGUCAUACGCCAUGGGGAUCGAACACCAAAGCAAAAAAUGAAAAUGGAAGUGAGACAUCAAAAAUUUUUUGAUCUUUUUGAAAAGUGUGAUGGAUAUAAAUCUGGGAAAUUAAAACUCAAAAAACCAAAACAGUUACAGGCAAUGCUAGAUAUUGCACGACAACUUCUUAUGGAGCUAGGGCAAAAUAAUGAUUCUGAAAUUGAAGAAAACAAGUCAAAACUUGAGCAACUUAAGACCGUGUUAGAGAUGUAUGGCCAUUUUUCUGGAAUAAAUCGUAAGGUCCAAUUAACCUAUCUCCCUCAUGGUUGUCCGAAGACAUCGAGUGAAGAGGAAGACAGCCGAAGAGAAGAACCAUCUUUACUUUUGGUUCUUAAGUGGGGAGGAGAACUAACCCCUGCAGGCAGGGUCCAGGCUGAAGAACUUGGAAGAGCUUUCCGGUGUAUGUAUCCUGGAGGUCAAGGAGAUUAUGCAGGAUUUCCUGGUUGUGGUUUACUUAGAUUACAUAGUACCUACCGACAUGACCUCAAAAUAUAUGCUUCUGAUGAAGGACGAGUCCAGAUGACUGCAGCUGCUUUUGCAAAGGGGCUACUGGCUCUAGAAGGAGAGCUUACACCCAUUCUUGUUCAGAUGGUAAAAAGUGCGAACAUGAAUGGUCUUUUGGAUAGUGAUAGUGACUCUUUGAGCAGUUGUCAGCAACGUGUGAAAGCAAGACUUCAUGAAAUACUUCAGAAGGACAGAGAUUUUACUGCUGAAGAUUAUGAAAAGCUUACUCCAUCUGGAAGCAUUUCUCUUAUCAAAUCAAUGCAUUUAAUUAAAAAUCCUGUGAAGACCUGUGACAAAGUUUAUUCCUUGAUACAAAGUUUGACUUCUCAAAUCAGACAUCGAAUGGAAGAUCCCAAAUCAUCAGAUAUUCAGCUUUAUCACAGUGAAACGUUAGAACUCAUGCUACGUAGAUGGUCCAAGUUGGAGAAAGACUUUAAAACAAAGAAUGGAAGAUAUGACAUUAGUAAAAUCCCUGACAUAUAUGACUGUAUAAAAUACGAUGUCCAGCAUAAUGGUUCCUUGAAAUUAGAAAACACAAUGGAACUAUAUAGGCUUUCGAAGGCAUUAGCAGAUAUUGUUAUCCCUCAGGAGUAUGGUAUAACUAAAGCUGAAAAACUGGAGAUUGCCAAAGGCUACUGUACUCCUCUAGUUAGAAAAAUUCGCUCAGACCUUCAGAGGACCCAAGAUGAUGACACUGUAAAUAAACUCCAUCCUGUAUAUUCCAGAGGCGUCCUGUCUCCUGAACGUCAUGUUCGUACCAGAUUGUAUUUCACCAGUGAAAGUCAUGUACAUUCUUUACUGUCUAUUCUUCGCUAUGGUGCCUUAUGCAAUGAGUCAAAGGAUGAACAGUGGAAACGAGCUAUGGAUUAUUUAAAUGUUGUCAAUGAACUCAACUACAUGACUCAAAUUGUUAUCAUGCUUUAUGAGGAUCCUAACAAGGAUCUUUCCUCUGAGGAACGCUUUCAUGUUGAAUUACACUUCAGUCCAGGAGCCAAAGGAUGUGAAGAAGACAAAAAUUUACCAUCUGGCUAUGGAUAUAGACCAGCUUCAAGGGAGAAUGAAGGGAGGAGAUCUUUUAAAAUUGAUAAUGAUGAAGAACCACAUACUUCUAAAAAAGAUGAGGUUGAUCGAGCUGUGAUAUUGUUUAAACCUAUGGUAUCAGAGCCAAUUCAUAUACACAGAAAGUCUCCACUUCCAAGAUCUAGGAAGAUGGCCACAAAUGAAGAAGAGAGCCCCCUGAGUGUGUCUAGCCCAGAGGGUACUGGUACCUGGCUGCAUUACACCAGUGGUGUGGGUACUGGGCGUCGAAGACGCAGAUCAGGGGAACAAAUCACUUCUUCCCCUGUCUCCCCCAAAUCAUUGGCUUUCACAUCCAGUAUUUUUGGCUCAUGGCAACAGGUUGUAUCUGAAAAUGCUAAUUACUUGCGAACACCAAGAACUCUUGUGGAACAGAAGCAGAACCCUACUGUAGGGUCUCACUGUGCGGGCCUGUUUAGCACCUCGGUGCUCGGGGGUUCUUCAAGUGCACCUAACCUACAGGAUUAUGCUCGUACUCAUCGUAAAAAGCUGACCUCUUCUGGCUGCAUAGAUGACGCCACACGUGGUUCUGCUGUUAAAAGGUUUUCUAUCUCAUUUGCUCGACACCCAACCAAUGAACACCUACACCUCUAUAGGUGCUGGUCCGUUGCCUCUGUGGAAUUUCUAGGCUCCAGUGGCUUUGAAUUGUAUUCGAUGGUGCCAUCUAUUUGUCCUCUAGAAACUCUUCACAAUGCCCUGUCUUUAAAGCAGGUGGAUGACUUCCUUGCUUCCAUUGCUUCUCCAUCAAGUGAAGUUCCACGGAAGACCCCUGAAAUCUCCUCUGCAGCUUCACGUUCCAGUCCAGUAAUGAGAAGAAAAAUCUCUUUAAAUACAUACACACCUGCAAAGAUCCUCCCGACGCCACCAGCUACCUUAAAGAGUACUAAAGCAAGCAGCAAACCAGCUACCAGCGGACCUUCUAGUGCAGUUGUUCCUAAUACCUCAUCUCGGAAAAAGGGUAUGACUAGCAAAACAGAAAUGCAUGAACACAAAAAAAGCACUGGGAAAAAGAAAUGAAAUCUUCUUAGCAGAAGCUGGAACUCAUAAAAAUCACAUGUUCAGUAGAGAAGGACAUGUAAGAAACCUUGACUGAAAGUGUCAAAGCAAGUGAUGUGUAUCCCCUUAAACAUCUCUGUAUUCAUUUAAAACAUACAUUAACUAUAGAGAAUUCUUUGUAUAUAUUCAGGUAAGGAACUUUUGUCAUGAUCUGGAAAUGUUUAAAACAAUGUUUAUUGGUGUUUUAUGAGUAGCAAAACUUACGGUGAUAAAGGUUUGUGGUUCUCAAUGUGAUGUUUACCAUGUGCCCGUGGUAAAGAAAAGGAACGUAAAAGCCUGGCUGGCCUGUACCAGUGUCACACAGUGAUGCUGUUUACUAAAGAAUCUGUGAGGUAGCCUCUGUACACAUUUUCAUUUUCAUGGGAUUGCAUUUGGCUGUAGAAACCUGUAGCUUAUAGCCUGGGUUGACAUUUGAUGGCCAGGGUUACACACUAUGGACUUUUAAAGUAUAUUUCCAAAGAGAUUUCAUUGAUCAUUUAGAUUAGAAACUUUUUUUUCCCCAAUUGUUAUAAUUACAUAUAUGCUGCAAUAUUUAAUAACUGGAGUAUUAGCAUAUGGGUUAUUUUUUCAUUCUGUACUUUGAAUUUUCUAUUAUGUGUUAUUUAAAAUAUUAACAUAUACAGCUGGGAUGACUACACCUUUACACAUAUAAAUUUGUAUAUUAAUUUGUAGAAGGUAUUUUCUUUAUAUAUUCUUUACCAUAAGGUGCUUUUUGUUCAUCAGGAAAAUUUGCUCUGUGCAUCGGCGGGAAAGACACGUUGAGAAUUUCUUUUUAGGAGAAAUAAUUGACAAGUUUAUAAAUACUACAGUGAUUUUCAGAGUUCUUUUUAGAUCUAGGAAAAUGAGUUCAGAAUUGGAAACCAUCACGGUAAGAUGUAAGAAUAUCUGAAUCCCAUAGUUAGUAGAUACUAUGUACACCACACCUGUGUUUCCCAUUUCCAUUCUUAUCUCUAGUAUAUCAGUUGUUCUCAUUAAGAUAACUUAAAGAUUGAGCGUUUGAAAUAAAUGCUCAUUUCAAAUAAUUACAUUUUGAAGGGAAAUUGAGAUCAUUGUGUUGUGAUUUCAUUUACGAUGUGAAAAAAUAUUUAUUAUCCUUGGUGCUUAUUUUGCCCUGAUGCGCAAGUAAUUGUAAGCCACUUGAAAUGACUUUGACUGUAAACCAAACAGUACAGCCUGAUAAGAAUUCCAUCUGUUGCCAGUCAGAUAACUUAAAUUGCUAAAGCUUUAGUUUGAGGCUUAUGCUUAGAAAAAUUAUUGAAUUCUCAUAUGAAUGCAGCUAUUCAGAUUCUUCAGACGAGGCUCUCCUAACCUUAAAUCAUUAUAUAUGAACUUACGUUAGAAAAUAAGCAUAUUACGUGUUAGUUUUAAAAGGUACCAGAUGCGAAAUUCACAAAAAUACACAAUUAUAGAAGUUCAUAUUCUUCACAUGAAUGUAAAUGUAUUAUAAGGAGACAUGUCUUGUAAAACUUGAAUGUACCUAACCGUUCUGUAUGUGAAAAUGUGGUUAAUGUGCUCACUGUUGGAGUGAAGAAACUACUUUUAUUUUUUAAGUGGAACUGAAUUAAAAUGUUUUAUUUCUAGAAUCA